AACAAACCGGCAGCAAGCACCCUGCCACAGCCUGCGCCGCAGCCUCACCGGCCCAACGUUGCUCUCCGGCCGCCGAACACCUACCGUGACUUCCAUCUGCCGCGAGCCUCCCACCUCUGCCGCAGUCGCGAGAGGCUCAAAUCAAGAAAAUAUUCCUUCGCAUCUGUCCGUUGGCCGCCUUCUCUACCCUCCAUCCCCUCCUUUUCCACGGGAGAGGCGAGAGAGCCGCGCAUCACCCCCCGGCAUAUCCCAGCGCCCACCAUGUCCAUGCGCCCCUCGCUCUUUACGCGCGGCCUUUCCGGGCUGUCGCAAUCCUCCGACCCCAACUCGCCCAUGAGCAGCGUGUCGUCGCCGGCCGAGCAGCGCGACGACGCCAAGCGCAACUUCCUCAAGGCCAUGCGCCCGCUGCCCACCCAGCACUACUGGCACGUGUGGUUUGACCGGCAGCAGCAGCAGCAGAACACGAGCAGCAGUGGCGGGGAAUACCAGGCGCAGCUGGAGCAGCUGGGCACGCGCAUCGAGAGCGUGCAGGACUUUUGGCGGUACAACAACAACACGCCCGUCGACCAGAUCAAGAUGCGCGAGAGUUUAUACCUGUUCAAGGUCGGGUUCAAGCCCAUCUGGGAGGACCGACGGAACGUGCUGGGCGGGAGCUGGACGUUUCGCGUGCCCAAGAGUAUCGGCCCGGACGUGUGGACGAGGGUGCAGUUGUUGGCAAUUGGAGAGAAGCUGCAGAGCGUGUUGGAGGAGGGCGACCAAAUCUGCGGCGUGGGCCUUUCAGUCCGCUUCAACUCGCACCUCAUCUCCAUCUGGCACCGCGAUGCCUCUCGCCAGCAGUCCAUCGACAACAUGCUGCAGUGCGUGCUCGACGAGCUACCCGCCGAGCUGCGCCCCAAGCCCGACAACUACUUUUACAAAAAGCACUCGGACCACGCCGGGUUCAAGGUCCCUCCCGAGCUCCAAGCCGUCGUGGACUCGCAGCGCGUGAGGGAGGCAGCGGCCAAGGCGGCACAAGAGCAGGCCGCUGCUGCUGCUUCCGGGGGGCAGGCGUCAAAUGUUGUCGAGGUGCCGCCUUCGGGGGCGGAAUGAGCGUAGUGUGCUAACGUUAUGAGGUUGUGAUGGUAUGAAAGAAGUACGGGGACCCUGGGAAAAGUGGGCUUCCCUACUCGCACCAGGUCAAGCCGUUUUUGGGAUAUAAACAUCCUUUGGUUUGGCAUAUUCGCGGCGUUGAUUUGUCAAUAGCCAACGGCCGUGGUGGGCAUGCCCACCAGUUUUCAGAGAGCAGUUAUCUAGAGUAACCUAGGAACGACCCAGUUCUCUCAUGUUAGCUCUCGCAUGUGACGUGGGAAGUCAGCCUAUGCCCGAAUGCUUAUCAAGCCGAUUUCGUAGAUAGCAGCUCCCUCAUAAUCAUCGACGUU